AUGGACAAAUUAAGGGAUAAUGACACCAUAGAUGAUGAUGAAUGGUAUGCAGGCUUAGGAGUAGUCCCAAUUAGCACAGAUAAGACAGGAGGUGAAGACAGGGGACAGAAGGAAACAAUCGAAGAGGAGAAACCAGCUCAAACUUUCGACAAUAUCGCUAUUGAAGAGGAAAAUCAGAGAGUGCAGGAUAGUAAUAUGCAUGUAGAUGGGGAUGAACUGGAUGAUGCAGGAGGUUUAAUACUUGCUGACGAGGUGAAUAGCAGAAGUUACCACUCAUUGCCCUAUGUUAAGGCUACCGUUAAUUCUGGAGUCCAAUCAAAGUGCCAAAAGAGUUUGAUGAUGAGUAGGAAAGACCGGGUAAUUUUUCUGGGCCCUCCACCAGAAUUGUCUGAGAGAGCUCCUGUAGAUAUAUCUAGUGGAGGCGUUGUAACACGUGUAGGCUCAAUCAUUGUUAUAUCUAACCUUAUGUGGUGGAUAAAUGACAUCCAAAUUCGUGAAUUAGCUAUGGAAUUUGGAACUUUGCGAGCAAUUAGAAUUAUUGAACGUCCAAAAGAUGGAAGAUCUUUAGGAAUUUGCUUAAUUGAAUAUGUAAAUCCUGAAAGUUCUCCAAAGGCAUUACAGGGAAUUUCAGCUAGUUUUGCAAAAAAGUAUGAUGGAAGACCAUUAUAUGUGGUACCUUUACCUUUACAUGGAGAACUUCAUGUUGCACUGGAUCAUAUUGUCCCUCAUUGGAGCCGUGGAGGUAUUAUUAACGAAGAUAUAUUAGCAAUGAUAUGUCAAUUGGUUGGUGUAGAUAUACAAACGGCAGGAUUAGAGAUACAACCUGAAACUGGGACUAUAGUAGGUUUUGUACAACCUAGAUUUGCAGAUUAUGCUUCGUAUUAUUUCCCUGAUGGAACUCCUUCAUGGUUUCCACCUCUCUAUGUAGAAGCCUUACGUCAUAUCAAGGAUAUGAUUCCUCCUGCAAAGCUUGCAAACAGACUACAUACAAAUAAGUUGAAUUCUGGUCGUAAUGGGAGAAACAAUAAUGCAAUUUCUACGAAUAAUGCUGAAAGUGAAAUUGAAGAUCGUGAAGAUUCUAUUAGCAAUGAAGGAAGCAAUCCAAAGAGAGCCUCACCAAACUACAUAAGCAGAAGUGCGAGAGCAAAUAGAGCAGGUGCAGUUUAUGAUGAAGAAGAUAGGGAUAGAAGUUUUAGAAAUAGGAGAGAUUACAGAGGUAGAGAAAAGGAUCGAGAUAGAGAUAGAGAUAGAGAUAGAGAUAGGGAAAGAAACGAAAGAGAUAGAAAUGAAAGAGAAAGAGAUAGAAAUGAAAGAGAAAGAGAUCGAACUGAAAGAGAUAGAAAUGAAAGAGAAAGAGAUCGAACUGAAAGAGAUAGAACUGAAAGAGACAGAACUGAAAGAGAUAGAACUGAAAGAGAUAGAACUGAAAGAGAUAGAACUGAAAGAGAUAGAACUGAAAGAGAUAGAACUGAAAGAGAUAGAACUGAAAGAGAUAGAACUGAAAGAGAUAGAACUGAAAGAGAUAGAACUGAAAGAGAUAGAACUGAAAGAGAUAGAACUGAAAGAGAUAGAACUGAAAGAGAUAGAACUGAAAGAGAUAGAACUGAAAGAGAUAGAACUGAAAGAGAUAGAACUGAAAGAGAUAGAACUGAAAGAGAUAGAACUGAAAGAGAUAGAACUGAAAGAGAUAGAACUGAAAGAGAUAGAACUGAAAGAGAUAGAACUGAAAGAGAUAGAACUGAAAGAGAUAGAACUGAAAGAGAUAGAACUGAAAGAGAAAGAGAUCGAACUGAAAGAGAAAGAGAUAGAACUGAAAGAGAAAGAGAUCGAACUGAAAGAGAAAGAGAUCGAACCGAAAGAGAUAGAACUGAAAGAGAAAGAGAUCGAAUUGAUAGAGAUAAAGAUAAAGAUAGAGAUAGAGAUAAAGAUAAAGAUAAAGAUAAAGAUAAAGAUAGAGAUAGAGAUAGAGAUAGAGAUAAAGAUAGAGAUAGAGAUAAAGAUAGAGAUAGAGAAAGAAUUGAUAGAGAUAGAAUAGAAAGAGAACGUGAUAGGAUCGAGAGGGAACGUGAAGAUAUAGAAAGAAACGAUAGAACUGACAGAGGAGAUAGGACUGAUAGAGGUGAACGUGAUAGAAUUCCUAGAUUAGAUAGAAAUGAGAGGAGUGAUCGUGUAGAUAUUGAUAUAGGAGAUUCCAAAAUAUAUGGAAGAGAUAUGGAGAGAACUAUGGAAUGUGACAAGGUUUCAAUGGCAAUGACAGUUGGGAAGACAUCACGCAAAGAAGAUAGACCAAUAGUUCAGGAUAUGAUGGAAGGUCAGAUCUCACAAUCUGGAGAUGUUGUAAAAAAGUUUAAGUGGCCUCCUGAAGAAACUUUACCCAAGGUUGGAGGCUCAAAGAAGCUUCAUAGCCCAAGUAUAAGCCCGAGCAGAAGCCGAAGUCCACUUCCUAGACAACAUAGGAAUGUCAGAAAAGAAAACUGGAAGACAUCAGGUGCUAGGAGUAAUACUCUUAAUCCAGGAAUGAGUAACAGUUUAACCUCUGAUAGAUCUUGGGAAAACUCUAAAAAUUCCAAAUCAUCUUACAGAGAUAAUCGCCCCCUUAUAGAACGCUGUGUAUGGGAUAGACGUAGUGGAAGAAGAUAA